AUGUCGGCUCUCAAGAAGGGACUUAAAUAUGCACCAUCGCCGCAGAGUAUGCCUUUUGCUGACUCAGUAUGUGGUGUGGAACGAGCAGCUCACAAGAUGCCCAGUGAAAUUGCAGAAGAAAUUCGCCGAGAAACGAGCCGCAUUCUUCCUAAAUCCAAGCAGCCGACUUCAAACAUGACAAGAGCUGACGAUUAUCUUCGGGAACUUCUCAACGACCCACACCUCGUAGUCCUUCCAGCUGACAAGGGAAAUGCAGCCGUCAUUACGGAACGAGCCGACUACAGUGCGAAGAUUCGGUUGAUGCUGGAGGAGAAGACAUAUAAAAAACUGUCAUAG